AUGGCCAGUGCUGCGAGUGCCAGUGCGAAAAGCAGGAGAAUCUCUACGGCCUCGAGAUCCGAGGAAAGUGUCGCGACCGUGCUGGGUACGCCAGUUAAAUUUACUGAGAGUGACGAGGAAGAUCCGCGAAAGAUAGUGGACGUUUGCACCCAAAAUCUGACGAAAAAGCACAAAGUAAUUAUAAAACCCACCGCCGAGUGUACCGGAAUAAAAUGUGCAGAGGACACUAAAAAAUUGCUUAUGUCCAAAAAACCGCAGGAUUUUAAUGUCCGCGUCGAUCGAAUCACCAUCCUGGUGGAAUCCACAUGCCCCUCUGUUUUAAAACUGGCUGACUCCGCGUUACUAAAAUCUUUAAAUCUCAAGGCCAGUCGCGUCAAUAAAAACUGGCCUCGAAUGCAAAUACUAGAUGUUCCGGAAUCCAAGACCGCGGAAGAACUCGCGAGAGACCUGGACAUAAAACCACUUCCCGAAUCAGUGCCCGAGGAUUUUGUCGGGAAGAUGUUUAAAUAUGGCCGGAAACAGGGGAACUCAACAACUUCCUGGAUCGUGGAAUUGCACCCAGCGGCGAGGAGUCACUUCGCAAAAGUAAGGAGAAUCUUCACGGCCUGGAGAUCACACGGCAUUCGCGACUUCCUCCUAGUAUCCCGCUGCUUCCAAUGCCAACGGUUUGGGCACAUAUCAAAAUACUGUAAAUCCACCAAACAGUGUGGAUACUGCGCCUCAACGGAACAUGAGAACCGGGAUUGUGAUGUUCGCGAUAAUCCCGCUAAACAUAAGUGCGCGAAUUGUGUCCGUGGUGGCGCGAAAGAGGUGAAUCAUCACACUGCCCAGGAUUGCUGCCCGAUCUACAAACAUAGGCACGGUUAAUGGCGCCAGUUACAUUGACCUAACCUUAACCUCGGAGAAUAUGGAAAAUUUCAUAUGUGAUUGGAACGUUCAUAUUGAUCUUAUAACGUCAGAUCAUAGAGCCAUCACAUAUGAAAUCACCAGCCAGAAAGGUGAUCCUGACAAUCAACCGCGAUAUAUAGUGGACGUAAGCCGCAUUAAGGAGGAUAUUAUUAGUGAAGAUAUGUUGCAAU